AUGAUUUACCCAAUAUUAGGUGUUUUGCCUGUAAUAUGCUUCGUAGCAUUCAAUUAUAGCCGCGUCAAAGAGGUUGUAACAUUGAUAACAUUUUAUCUCGGUUUGGUAAUUCCAUUAGCAUAUUCAGAAAUUGGUUUGGUAAUCAGCUUAUUGUUUUAUACUAUAUCUUUCAGUUACGAUGUAUUUUUUGCUACACAAAGUUCAGAUAAAUCUGAUGAUACGAAAUUUUAUCCAUUAUUAAGAAAUGUAUGUUCCAUUGUACUUACUGUUGCUUAUUCCGUAUUUCUCAUCAUUUCUCUUAUGAAUACAGACACAAAAAUCCAAACAAAUAUUUUUGAUACAUUUAUUCCUUUAGUUACACCGUAUUCAUCUAUCAGACCCAACAAUAUAAUGGUAGCCAGAUCAGCUGCACGUCUAAUUAGUGCCGAUUAUGACUUUUCUGACUGUCCAUUAUGUCAUAAUCCACUUCCUGUUGAAACUCACUCGUCAAAGCGUGAUCUUAUCAUUAUAUUUGCGACAUUCGAAGCACACAGAGCAGUUGUUCCCAUUAGAACCAUCAGAACGGCUGGUUGUCAAGCAAAGAUUCUUUUAAUUACAGAUGAAACUACUUCAAUUCCAUGGGAAAUACAAAGAUGUGGUGUAACAGUCGUUACAACUAAAGUUGACAAGGAGGCCAACUUAAAUGUGAAAAGAGGUAUCAGAUUCCCAUUCAUGCAAGACUUUUUGCCACUCGUCAAAGAUAAAUUUGACAGAAUACUUUACAUGGACGGUUUUGACACUGUUUUCCAAAGUGAUCCAUUCCCAGCGUUUUCGACGAAGAACACAUUGCAUUACAGUGGCGAAAACCACACAUACAGGAUCAACUACGUGCUUAGUAAUUGGCGAGAAAGAGCUCCGAAUUUCAAUGUUCCACAUUGGAUGGAUAGGGAAGUAAAAUGUAAUGGACUUAUUUUAGCGGAUUUGGAAACAAUGUGGAAGAUUUCGUAUAUGGAGAAUGCACUGUUCUAUAGAAAUGGAGAUAAUAUAUGCGAAGACCAAACAUUUUAUGAAUUCCUCAUUGAAGAAGGAAUGAUUGAAGCACACGGAAUCAAGUUGUUUAGAAAUAAAGAACUCGCUUCGAUUUUAUGGAGUAAAGAAAAAUAUACGCAUUCAAAGCUUGGUUACAUUAAACAGAUCAACACCAGCUGGUACCCUGCAAUUGUACACCAAGCUAUGAACAUUUUCGAAUGGAGAGAAUUGAUUUGGCAAUCAUGCAGAUAG